CAGAUGGAUAGUGACGUAUCAGGUGUUUGUUAUAGUUGAGAGGGCAAGUACGUGCUGGACAAAACUACGCAAUUUGAUACUCCAAUGGCUCUGAAUUGACAUUACCUUUUAAACUCUCACAGAGGAAGUGAUGUAUUAUUCUGGUAAAAGGCGAGGAGAAGAUGGGAUUGCUGCUGUCAUUGACUUCCUGUUGUCCAAUGCCCGGCUGGUGCUGGGGGUCAGCGGAGCUGCGGUGCUGGGCAUUGCCACAUUAGCUGUGAAACGGCUGAUAGAACGUGCUGGUAGGCCUCCUGAUGAGAAGCCUGACAAGAUGACGGACAGCUGGGAGGAGUUAAGUUUGGUUAGUGCCUCCCCCAAACUGCUGCACAAGAGUAUAGAAGGAGUGGUCAUGAAACGGAUUGAUACCGCAACACAGAAAGCGGAGCUGUCCCAAGCCAUUCCCCUGCCCUCACCUGAGCCCCAGUGCUGUGACGCUGACCCACCUCAGCGACGGAAACACAUGGAUCUGUGUGUGAUGACGUUUGUGGACCGUCUGCAGCAGUACUACAGAACACGUGUUUGUCUGUCAGCAGAGGAGGUGUCUGUCGCACAGCAGAGAGCGUUAGAUAUAGCCACAGAGAUCAAGGCCUUCCUGCACUACAAACACCCAGAUAUGCCACUGGGAGACAUGACGCUGGCGGGAUCAUUGAUCGACAACCUGCAAGUGGUUAAAGCCGACCAUGCUUGCUUGAUCGUGCCCCUACAGUUGGAGUCCAGUCUGUGGACACCUAUUGCGGGAGAGGACACAUUUUUGGGUCACCCUAAAUUCUGCAUGGUGCGCCGUGAAAACCUUGAGUACUUCCCAAGGGGGCGGAGCUACUGGGAUCGACAUUUGCUGGCUGGAUACUUGUCAUCGCGGCUUGUUUCUGAGCAACUAGGCAAGACAGUGAUGGAAUCAAUGAACUGGCCAUUGUUGACCGGAACCCUGGAGUGCGAGGUGCGACCGGUGCUUGGGUCUCCUGAGCUCAAACUGGAAAUUAAAGGGUUAAGUCAAAGCAGUUAUGAGAGUGGAGAACGCUUCUAUAUAACAGUGUUGCCAACAGUGCGCCUUGGUGAGAUGACGCUUAUGGCACAACGAGAGAUCACUGGGUCAUUCGACUACGUCUGGUACCAGAGCCUAUACACUAGCGAAACAGCCAGACUAGCAGAGCUUGACAAAGCAGACUCGGGGGUCAGAAGGAAGUGCCUGAAAACACUAAAGGCGGUGUGCUGCAACUGUACUUCACUGCGCAAGCUCAACGCUAGCCAUCUUCGCAAUGUCAUCCUACACAUGAGUGAAAAUGAAGCAGAUUGGACGGAAUCAGUGUUCGCUGACAGGUUCCUUCAGGCGAUCACUGAGCUAAUCGGAUAUUUGGAAACUGGAAUCUUGCCUAGUUACUUCAAACCUAAUUUGAAUCUGUUUCAGGGUUUGAAUGAGGACGACAUUGAUGAGAUGGGCUAUAUGCUGUACUCUGCUAUAACUGAACCUGAGAUUCUACUGAUCUGAUACACUCCUCCUAUUCCUUCUACGCACAGAAUAGUACUUUUAUCAAAACUCUCUAUGGCAACUGGCAUUAAUGCACCUUUAAACAAUGAAUGUAAAAUUACAUAUCAUUUUAUAAGGUGUCUAUUUAUGUGUGAAAAUGUAUAUGUAUUUCCAAUUACCUACUCCUUUAAAGGGGAUUUUGAAGUGACAUUGGCUCCAUUUGACUAUGCAGCACAUACCUAGACAGACACUCUGCUUGGAUGUAGAUUUUAAAGAAGUGAGAGAAAGCUUUUCAUAGUUUAGACCAUUUGACUGUGACUUGAGAUGGAUUUUCUUUGGUUGGCAACCUGUUCUGAACUCUGCGUUUACCAUGAGUAUAUGUUUUAUUAUUUAGCUUUUAUAAACAAUGGCAGAAAUCACAGACUACACAAAGCUGUGUUAACUCUGAAGAAGCAAAUAAUUAAUAUUAAGACAAUAAAGCAGUAAUGCA